UAGAGUAAGAGUUGAAAGCACAUCAGAAAGAUAAAUGCUAUCACGCUCUUUCAUUUGUUAGGGAAGGCAGAUAAUAACUUUUUCAAAAUAAAUCAGUUGCUAUCUUUUACAUAUAAAAAAGUUUUUGCAAUAAAUUUUGUUACAAUUUUUUGUUAUUUGUUCUAAUAAAAAAUAAUUUUGAAAAGACUUUUUAAACGUUAUGAGAAUUGAAAAUAUUACGCACAAACAGCCUGGAAUCUUGUCCUAACAUCUUUUUACCGGAUUCAAUUCUAUAAAGUAUGAACUUUUUUCAGAUAACAAAGAAUCACAAAAUGAAUAUAAAUCAAGCCAUCGCUUUAUUUGCCUUAACCGUCGUCAUGGCAAUCGUAACAAACGCCGAAGAAUCAGCAGCUUCUGAUGCGGACAUUGGCAUGAACGGAAAGUGGCCGGGUAUUCAUAGGGUAGGAGUAUGCAAUAGGCAAGAAAAUUUCGCGAUUUGUUACGAUUGUGGUAGAAAUGCCAAUUCUGUUAGUGUCUACACUAAAUGCUGCGAAACAGAUCCACAAACUGUGGACCUUUGCAACGGAGAUUUCUACAAGUUGGCUGCAGAAAAACCAGCAGUACCCGAGGUAAGUGAGGCAGCCGGUGACGCUGCUGCGGAGGAAAGCGUCAACAACGAGGAUAAAGCUUAAUUUGCAACUUCAAUUUGUUUCUUUUUCAUUUUGAAUUUUGCUUACACAUAAAGACUUGAAAAACGUUAACGCAAAAUUUAUGUGACAAUAUUUAUUUAAUUAAGAGCUAAAAAAAUGGAUUACAAUGAAACAUGUACAUCUUACUCACCCACACACACACACACACACACACAGAUAUAUAUAUAUAUAUAUAUAUCAAUAUUUAUAUACAUAUAUAUAUAUAAGUUGGAUUGGAAGGAGACCAUAUUUUAUACAGUAUUAUAUGAAUUCUACCGAAUUUUUGGCAUUAAUCAAUUUAAAGUUUGUCCUUUUAAUUUUCCUAACUAAAAUUUUCUGGAAAAUGUUCAAUUUGUUGAAAAUAGAAUUAUCCAAGUUUAUCAUGAAAAUUUAAUGAAACUGUUGCUAUCUGAAUUCUAUUAAGUAAGAAAAAUUGAAAAGAAAAACUUUAAGUUGGUUAAUGCCAACAAUUCGGUAUAAUUCAUACAAUACAAUAUAUAUAUAUAUAUAUAUAUAUAUAUAUAUAUAUAUAUAUAUACAUAUAUAUAUAAUUUAUUUGUUCAUUUAUUAUGUGUCAUUCAUCAUUUCUUUAUUUUUUCCGUAGUAAAAUUUCUUAUAUAGGCGUUUAUUUACAUAUUUUUCGUUAUACUGAUACAUAUGAACAUUUAAGAGUAAUCUUUACGCUGAUCGCUUGAUAUUUAACAAUUAUCUUAAAUUGUGCAAUAGAGCAACACAAACAUGAAGUAAUUUUUGUUAAACUAAUUUUAUUGAACGAUUUACUUGUUUAACGUCCAUACAAACUCCAGUCUGUAAUUGUUGUAAUAACUAUCGGCUUUUAUACUUCAAUGUGAUUAAAUUUUUCAAGUGUAAACUAAAUUUUAUAUAAUUUUCCAAAUAAAUUUAAAAAAAACAGAAAC